GUCUUCUUGGAGAAUUUGUUCAUCUUCAGUGAUGAGGUGAAGAAAGAGCUGCCGGAGGAGAGUGACAAGUUCGUCGGCAUCGACAUGGAUGUCAAGGAGAUCUUGAUGAACGGAUUCCAGGUCAAAGCCACAAAGGACUUCUGCAAUCAAGGAAACAUCUUCCAGAAGCUGGAGAAGGUCCAGGGAGCUCUGGAGAUGUGCCAGAAGGCACUGAACGAGUUCAUGGACAGCAAGAAGCGGGCCUUCCCCCGCUUCUACUUCAUGUCCUCCAACGAUCUGCUAGAUGUGCUGAGCAACGGCAACCAGCCGGCCAAGGUGAUCCCUCAGUUCCCUAAGUUCUUCAUCGCCAUCGACAGCUACACGCUGGAGUUCCCGGACGGAGAGGACAACCGGCCGCACGCCGUCGGCAUGAGCGCUUGCGUCGGAAAGGAGUACGUUCCGUUCCCGGAGCCACUGCCGCUGCUGGGCAAGGUCGAGUCCUACCUCGACAAGUGCAUCGAGUGGUUCCAGAAAGCCUUGAAGUUCUUCGCCAAGCAGGACAAGGAGAAAUACUUCACUGAGGGCUGUAUGGAGGACGGCACGAAGCGAGGUGAGUUCAUUGCCAAGAGCCAGGCCGCACAGUGCGCUCUGCUGGUGCAGCUCAUCACUUGGGUGAUGCUCGUGGAGACGGGCUUCCAGGGUGCUCAGGAUGGCAAGGAGGAGGCCGUGAAGGAAGCCUGGGAGGAGAGCCACCGUUUGCUGCUGAGCUUGAUUGAGAAGACCAUGACAAACUUGGACAAGCCUACAAGGCAGAAGAUCAUGUGUGCCAUCACUCUGGAUGCCCACAAUCGUGACGUCCAGGAGCGUCUGGUCAUGGAGAAGGUGAAUACCAAGGAUGCUUUCCAGUGGCAGAGCAUGUUGAAGUGCUACUGGAAGGAGGACGUCGACGAUGCAUCCAUGGAGAUCGCAGACGCCAAGCUGCCCUACGGCUACGUGCCUUGCCUGAGUGACCCUCUGGUCGAGAAGACCUUCGACCGGUUCCUGCAAGAACAGCCGAAGGAGCUGGUUGACUUCUCCGAAGGUGGCAUGACCUUUCGGGAGAUCAUGCACCGCAUCAAGGUGGACCUGGGACCGCCGAUUCCAUCCUUGGAGCGCUUUGAGAAGGAGGUCACGCGCUUCGAGCACCUGAAGCAGGAGCUGUCUAUGAAGAAGACCCCCACAGAUAUCCAUUGGCUCCGCAUCGACGCGCAGCCCGUGAAGGUGACCUUGGUGAAUUGCGCCCGGAAGUGGGAAGAGAAGUUCACCGGCUUCUUACGUGGCUUUCUGGAGGACCGCAUUGCCUCGCUCAGCGCCUUCAUUGACUCGGUGAGGACUGGCCUGGGGCCGCCUUCGGCCGCCGAGAACCCGGAGGACGAGCGCCUGCUCUACCAGACGAUGACGAAAAUCCGCGAUGUGAAGCUGGCACGCGGCGCCAUGCAGAGGUUAUUCCACCCCCUUCGUGAGCAGGUGCAGAUGUUGAAGAAGCACGCUCGUGCUCCGAUUUCAGAGGAGCGAUGGAACAAUCUGGAGCAAGCGCCCGCACACUGGGCCGAGGUCGACCGGGCUGCCUUCAACGAGAAGGAGAAGAUCUUGCCUUUGCAAAACCAGGAGAUGCAGAAGAUCCGCGUGAAGAUCGAGGGCUUCCGGGAGGACGUGCGGAACUUCCGGUUCGAGUUUCUUGAGCGCUGUCCUUUUGGAAGUGAGCAUGCGGUCACUGGCUCUUAUGACAAGAGUUAUGCGAUCAUCAACGAGUAUUACGGCAAGACGAUGGAGAUCCAAGCGCGCGCCGAGCAGUUCAACGAUCUGGAGCUCCUCUUUGACAUGGCCAUGUCCGAUUACAGGCCCUUGAACGAUUGCCUGAACAAUCUGAUCCUCUUGAAGAACCUUUGGGACUUGAUCGUCUUGGUGCGCGAGACCUUCUCAGCCUGGUACACCGUGCCCUGGGAGAAGAUCGACACAGGGCAGAUGCUGGUCACCGUGCGCGAGCUCGCGCAGCAGGUUCGAAGCGCUCAGAAGGGGCUCCGAGCAUGGCCGCUCUAUGCUUGGAUCCAGGACGAGGUGAAGAACAUGUCGGCAGCACUGCCGCUGGUCAAUGAACUUCACUCGGACACCAUGCGCGACCGGCACUGGGCCUUGCUCAUGGCCGUCACCAAAAAAACCUUCGAGAAGGGGCCAGAGUUCAGCUUCCGGCACCUUUUGGAGCUGGAGCUGCACCACUUCUCGUCUGAUGUCUACGACAUCGUGGACCAGAGUGUCAAAGAAGCCAAGAUUGAGGGGAAGUUGGAUGGCAUCCGCAAGACUUGGUCCAAGAUGAGCGUGGAUUUCGACAACGGCCGCGAGGACUGUCCUUUGCUUGCAGACCUUUCGGAGGUGCUGGAGCGGUUGGAGUCGGACUCCUUAGAGAUGCUGUCCAUGGCCUCGCAGGGCCGGUUCAUCGAGUUCUGCAAGCCCACAGUGGACGAGUGGAGCGAGAAGCUUCAAACGGUUGAUGCGGUCCUGCAGGUCUGGCGGAAAUUCCAAGUGAACUGGUGCCGCCUGGAGCCCAUCUUCAUGCAAAGCGACGACAUUCGAUCACAACUCCCGGAUGACUCAAAGCGUUUCGAGCUCUUGGACAACAGCUGGAAGGAUCUGAUGAUGGAGGCGUCCAGGUCGUCUCUGAUUGUGGAGAUCUGCAUGGCCGAGGGCCGCGCGCAGACCUUGGCCGAUAUCAGCGAUGCUUUGGAUACCUGCGAGCGCUCGUUGAACGAUUAUUUGGAGCAGAAGAAGAAGUAUUUUCCACGGUUCUACUUCGUCGCCAACGGGGCCCUGCUGGACAUCCUCUCCAACGGCAACAAGCCCUUGAAGGUGGCCGAAUACUUGGGCGACGUCUUUGAUGGGAUCCGCACCCUGGACUUCUCCAAAGACCCUCAGUUCGGCCGCAUCGCCUGCGGCCACCGGGCCAAAGACGGCGAGGAGAGCGUGGGAUCGAAUCGUGCACAGUUCGUGGCCUGGCCGUCCGAGACGGGCCCCUUCCAGCUGGAGGGCCCCGUGGAGCAGUACUUGUCGGGCCUCGAGGCCCACGUUCGACUGGCGCUUCGAGAAAUCUUGGAGCAGGCGCGGACCUCUGCAGAAAGCUGGGAGGUAGGCGACAGGCCUCGUGAGACGUGGCUAGACGAAUACUGUGCCCAGCUGAGCCUCUUGGCCACUCAGAUCAUCUGGACGGAGGAGACGGCGCGGGCCUUUGAGGACAUGGAGGCAGGCAGCGAGACGGCCAUGCGGGACUACAAGCGGGUGAACGACGAUCGGAUUGACAAGCUUAUUCGAAGAGUGCAGAAAGAAUCCGACAAGGAAUUGCGCACAAAGGUCAUCACCAUCAUUACCAUCGACGUCCAUUCCAGAGACGUGAUUGAAUCGUUUGUCCUUCAGAAAGUGAACGAAGCGAAUGACUUCAGGUGGGGAUCUCAACUCCGUUUCUACUGGCAGAUGUGCCCUCCAGGCCUGAACCUGGUGUCCUUCACCCCAGCACAGCAGAAGACGUGCUUGAUCCGGAUCUGCGACUGGGCCACCUGCUACUCCUACGAGUAUGUGGGCAACGUUGGGAGGCUGGUCAUCACCCCUCUAACGGACCGAUGCUACAUCACUCUGACGCAGGCCUUGAACCUUUGCCUCGGAGGUGCUCCCGCGGGGCCGGCCGGGACCGGGAAGACGGAGACCACGAAGGACUUGUCGAGGGCCCUGGGCCUGCCCAUCGUCGUGUUCAAUUGCAGUGACCAGAUGACCUACCAGACCACGGCGCAGAUUUUCAUGGGCCUUGCCCAGGUUGGCGCCUGGGGCUGCUUCGAUGAGUUCAACCGAAUCUCCAUCGAGGUUUUGUCGGUGGUUUCCACACAAUACAAGUCUGUCUUGGAUGCCAUCCGUGCGAACAGCAAGACCUUCCUCUUUGUGGAUGAGGAGCUGCGCCUGAUCAAGACCUGCGGCGCCUUCAUCACCAUGAAUCCUGGUUAUGCUGGCCGCACUGAGCUGCCUGAAAACCUCAAGGCCCUGUUCCGGUCAGUGGCGAUGAUCGUUCCGAACCUGAAAUUCAUCUGCGAGAACAUGCUCAUGUCCGAGGGCUUCACGAUCGCGCGGCUUUUGGCGCACAAGUUCGCAGUGCCCUCAGAGCCUGUGUCUGAGAAGUUUCGCUUGGCGAGAGAGCAGGUCACGCUCUAUUCGCUCUCGAAGGAGUCUCGGAGAGCGCCAGUGGGCCCGUGGGUGCACGCGGGUUCACUGCAUCCGCCGGGGGAGGAGCUGCUCUCGAAGCAGAUGCACUACGACUGGGGCCUGCGAGCGGUGAAAUCCUUGCUUCGCCAGGCGGGGUCUUUGAAGGGCAAGGAGCCAGACAACGACGAGAACGUGGUCCUUUGCAGGGCCCUGCGCGACUUCAAUCUUCCGAAGAUCACUACGCAGGACAUGCCCAUCUUCCAGCGUCUGAUACAGGACCUGUUCCCAGGCGUGAAGGCGAAGCCCUUCCUGGAUCCAAAGUUCCGAAAGGUCUGUGAGGACACGGUCAAGGCGCGGGGGGGCGCCGGCGCCGGUGCCGGCCGCUCCAAGGGCUCCAAGUUCCUUCUCUUCUGGCCUUCGAGGCACGGGGGCUCCAGCCGGAUCCAGGCGCAAUUGGAGCCGCUGGUUCUUCGCAGGGUGCUUCGAUGCGCUGUGGCACUUCCCAGAGGUUUCUUGGACAAAGUGGUGGAUUUCCUGGACAUCUUGAAGGUUCGGCAUUGCUGCUUCAUUAUCGGGCCCACUGGCGCCGGGAAGACGGAGAUCUGGCGAUCCUUGGAAAUGGCACUGAUCGCCAUCGGUGAGGACUGCAAAUGGGAGCAGGUGAAUCCCAAAGCCAUCACCGCCGAUGAGCUCUACGGAACCAUCGAGAAGGGGGAGUGGAAGGACGGCGCGGUCUCCGUGAUCAUGCGGAACAUGAGCAAGGAGAUGAACGGCUACAAGGCAAGCCACUUGCACAAGUGGGUGGUGCUGGACGGCGACAUCGACGCCACCUGGAUCGAGUCCAUGAACACCGUCAUGGACGACAACAAGGUGCUGACGUUGGUGAGCAACGAGCGGAUCCCUUUCACGCAGACCAUGCGGAUGCUCCUUGAGAUCCAGGACAUGAAGCACGCGAGCCCGGCGACCGUGUCUCGGGGCGGUGUCCUGUACAUCAACGAGAGCGACGUGGGCUGGAAGCCUUUUGUGGAGAGUUGGCGAGAGCAGAUGGAUCCGGUGGCCCAGAGCACCUUCUAUAUGCUCUUCACGCACCAGUUUGAGGCGAACAUCGAGCAGCUUCGGAAGAACUUCGAGUUCACGUGCCCGAUCCUGGACAUGGGCUUUGUGCAAACGGUGACCUGCCUGCUGGAUGCCCUUCUGAUGAUCGGAGCUGGAGCAGGCACUUUGGGCAAGGACGGAGAAGGCAAGAACACGACAUUGGAGCUCUUGCGGACCAUGCCGACCGAGGAGCAGAAGCUGUGCUACGAGAGUUUCUUCACUUUCGCCCUGAUGUGGACCCUGGGUGGCGCGGUCGCCGACGACAAGAUCGUGAACCACCGCCGCGCAUUCAACGCCACCCUGAGGUCUAUGGCGCGGGGAGUCAAGCUGCCGGAGUUCGGAGAGUGCUUCGACUUCCGCUUCGAUGUGGCCGCCAAGGAUUGGGUGCACUGGGAGACCAGCGUGAAGAAGUACGAGCCCGUCACUGAAGUGCUUUACCAGAACAUCAUUAUCAGUAAUGUCGAGCUUGAGCGCAUGAAGCAUCUCCUGGACCUCCAUGUGAAGCGGCAGAAGCCGAUGCUGCUGGUGGGUGUCGCAGGAACGGGCAAAACCACCAUAGUCAAGGUCAAAGUGAACAGCGAGAUGAACUCGGCCUCCAUCAACCUCAACAGCUACACCACCUCUGCGGCACUGCAGGGCAUCAUCGUAGGCUGUCUGGAGAAGCGCUCCGGCCACACCUUCGGUCCACCGGGUCACCGCCGUUGCAUCCUUUUCGUGGAUGACCUGAACAUGCCCUACGUUGACAGCUACGACACGCAGAGCGCCAUCAUGUUGCUGACCCAGGUGCUCUCCUACGGGCAAGUCUACGACCGGGAGCGGCUGGACGAGAAGAAGACCAUCGUGGACCUGCUCUUCACCGCUUGCAUGAACCCCAAGGCAGGGAGCUUCAUGAUCAACGGACGACUGCAGCGGCGCUUCACCGUGGCCACCACCUAUGCCCCCGGCAUCCAGGUGAUCUCGGGGAUCUACACAAAGGUCUUGGGCCGACACCUCGAGGCCUUCGGGCAGCAGACGCAGCGCACCACGGAGCCCAUCGUGAACGCCACUGCCGAGGUUUUGGCAUCCAUCCAGAACUCCGCUUCCUUCCUGCCUUCCGCAGAGAAGUUUCACUACCAGUUCAACCUGAAGGCUGCGACCGGCUGUGCCGAAUUUGUGCGACCUGCCCGGCCCGGCCCGGCCCGGCCCGGCCCUCCUGCGGCCGCGCAUCGCAUCACGUCGCGCCCGGAGGACAUCUCCAACCUCUUCCAGGGCUUGCUGAGCACGAACAGCUCGGUCUUCCGGGACCCGGGCGGCCCCACACGCUUCCUGAGGGCAUGGGGCCCCAGCGAGCAGAGAGCAGCAGUGCCCUCGUCUUGUUUGUCCUCUUUCCUUCCCUCUCUCCUUCAUCUCUCCUUCCUCUUUCCCGUCUUUCCCUCUCCUUCCUCGGUCUCUUCUUCUCACCUGGAGGUCUGGCUGCACGAGUGCCAGCGCGUCUUCUCCGAUCGCCUCGUCUUGGAGUCGGAUGCCAAGGAGCUGCAGGUGAUGAUCGAGAAGGCGGUGUCGAAGUGCUUCGUGGGCGUCGGAGCGGCCUCGAACCGCGAGGAGCUCUUCCAGCAGCCGCUCGCGUGCACCUCCUUCGUCUCCGAGGCCUCCGGGGAGCAGCAGUACCUUCCGGCGCGGGACCUCCAGCAGAUCCGGCAGGCAGUGGAGGCCAAGCUGGCAGCCUACAACACGGAGCAUGCGACAAUGAAUUUGGUGCUCUUCGACGAUGCAGUGCUCCACGUCUGCCGCAUCUGCCGCAUCACGGCGAAUCCCUGCGGCAGUGCUUUGUUGGUUGGCGUGGGAGGGAGUGGCAAGCAGUCCCUGGCGCGCCUGGCCUCCUUCAUCAACCGCCAGGAAGUCUUGAGCAUCCUCGUGAACCAGCACUAUGGCUUGCCGGAGCUCAGGACGGACCUCCAGGCCUUCUACAAGAAGGCCGCGGUGAAGCCAGCAACUCCGCAGGCAUUUCUGUUGACAGACAGCCAGAUUACGGAUGAGCGGUUCCUGGUGUUCAUCAAUGACAUGCUCUCGAGCGGCAACAUCCCCGAUCUCUUUGCUCGCGAGGAAUACGACAACAUCUUCUCGGGCAUUCGGAACGCUGCAAAGUUUGCGGGCUAUCUGGAUGACCGGGAGUCCCUCUUCCAGUACUUCCUGGACAAAGUCCGCUCGAACCUGCAUCUGGUCCUCUGCCACUCCCCCGUGGGCUCCGCCUUCCGGAUCCGCGGGCGCAAGUUCCCGGCGCUGAUCAGCUGCAUGGCGCUGGACGUCUUCCACGCCUGGCCUCGCGACGCGCUGAUCGGCGUGGCCGACCGCUUCCUCCUGAAACUCCGGGACCGAAACAUCGAGAACGAGGAGACCCUGCAAGCCAUCUCCCACCACGCCGCCGAAGUUCACAUCUCCAUCUACCAGGCCAACCGGCGAUACCUGGAAGAGGAGCGGCGCUUCAACUCGACGACCCCCAAAGCCUUCCUGGAGUUCAUCGGCUUCUACGCACCUCGGAGAAAGAAGAGGGCGAGAAUCGGCGCGCGGAACGCGGAAGCGACAGGAUACUCAGUCCCAGUUUUGGUGGAGGUCCGGAUGUUGACGUCCAAGCAAGCCAGCGUGGAGCUCAACGUCUCGAGACUCGAGCGGGGCCUGGCCAUCAUGCGCGACGUCCAAGAUGGCGUGGCAGAUCUGAAGCAGGAUUUGGAGAUGACACUCCGACAGGUUGACGAGAAGAAGGUGGCCACGGAAGAGCUGAUCAAGCAGGUGACUGCAGCGUCUCAAGUGGCGGCGGUGGAGAAGGAGGCAGCGCGAUUGGAGCACGGCAAGUGCGAGGCUCUGGCUGCCGAGGCCAUGCGCAUGAAGGACCAGGCGGAUCAAGAGCUUGUGGAGGCUCUGCCGGCCAUGGAGAAGGCCAAGGCGGCCGUGGACUGCCUGGACAAGACCUCCAUCCAAGAGCUGAAAGCUCUUGGCAAGCCUCCGCGGGAGUGCGUCGACGUGGUGGCCGCUUGUGGCUUCUUGCUGAGACAGGAAAAGCGAAAAUUGGAUUGGAAAGGCUGCCAAAAAAUGAUGCAGUCUCCCCAGCAGUUCAUUGAUGAUGUGAAGGUGUUCAAUGCCGAGAACAUCCCAGAGCAGGUCCUUGCGAACACCGACGCGUUGAUCGGAGCUGACUACUUCAACUUCGAGUCGAUGAAAAAUAAGAGCGUUGCGGCUGCCUACCUCACCAACUGGGCAGACGCCUCAGCAGUGCGACAUGUCGGCGUGCGUGCAGCGCUCGCCCAGCAGGUGGUGAACAUCGUGACCUACAACAAGAUCUACACGAAGGUUGCACCUCUGAUGGAGAAGGUGAAAGUGGCCCAGGCCACCACAGAUGCUGCCAAGCUGCAGCUGCGGGAGGUCGAGAAGAGGGUUGAGGCAGUGGAGGCCAGCUGUGCCCAGCUCGACAAGCAGCUCAGCGACGCGACCUCUGAGAGGGAGAGGAUGGAACGGCAGGCCGAGAGCUGCGUGCAGCGGCUGAGCACAGCGGAGCGGCUGGUCUCUGGUUUGGCCGACGAGAACGAGCGUUGGGCCACAACUGUGGUCGAUCUCCGAGAUCUCGGCUUGCGGCUGAUAGGCAACUGCAUGCUGGCCAGCGCCUUCGUCGGCUACGCCUCGCCCUUCUCUGCAAGGCUGCGGCAGGAUUUGUGGCAGCAGGCUUGGAGCCAGGACCUGAAGCAACGGGAGAUCCCCAUGACCCAGAACAUCGACCCGCUGGCUGUGCUGGCCACGGAUGCCGACGUGGCCGGCUGGAUGAACGAGGGGCUGCCAGCAGAUCGGGUCUCGGUGGAGAACGCCUCGGUGGUGACCUGUUGCUCGCGCUGGCCGCUGCUGGUGGAUCCUCAGCAGCAGGGAGCCCGAUGGAUCAAGCAGCGUGUGGGCGAGGAGCUCUCGGUGAUCCAGCUCUCCAUGUUCAAGUGGCUGGAGAGGGUUGUCGGCUGCGUGCAGACCGGUGGCCAGCUCCUCAUCGAGGCACUGGCUGAUGAGAUUGAUGCCGUCCUGGAACCUCUCUUAUCCAGAGCAGUCAUCCAGCGGGGGAAGCAAGGCCACGGCCCCAUGUUCCUGAAGCUUGGCCCGGAUGAGAUCGAAUACGACCCGAAGUUCCAGCUGUACCUUCAGUCCAAGCUGCCGAACCCCCACUUCCGCCCCGAGGCCAAAGCUUCAAAG